AAGAAAUACACUUCAGGGUCCUAUUUACAUGUCCAGUUUGCGUUUAUACAUGUGUAAUAGCUAAUUUAGGAGGCGCUCACCGGUGUGUCUCUUUCACCUAUAGGCAAACAUGAGUCGCUUUCUGAAUGUGCUGAGGAGCUGGUUGGUGAUGGUGUCUGUCAUUGCCAUGGGAAACACAGUGCAGAGUUUCAGAGACCAUAGCUUUCUGUCAGAGAAGCUGUACACUGGCACCCCAGAGUAUGUGAAUGGUCUUCAGGCUCGGACAUUUGGAAUCUGGACAUUACUGUCAUCUAUCAUUCGAUGUGCUUGUGCCAUCGAUAUCCAGAAUAGAACGCUUUACCACAUCACAUUAUGGACAUUUGUUUUGGCACUGGGACAUUUUUUAUCUGAAGCCUUCAUUUAUAAAACUGCACCCUUGACCAUUGGUGUCAUGGCUCCUCUGAUUGUAGCAAGUUUUUCUAUUAUUGGAAUGCUCAUAGGUUUCCAGUGUUUCCCAGAGACACAGGAGGACAUUGGAGCACGACAGAAAAAAAGGAACUGAAUCCCACAAAAGCAUUUCACUUACUUUUUUGGAGCCCCCCAAUAUCGCACCAUGGAUGGGUCUUGCUGCCACUCGCCUUGAAGAACAAAGACAGAUGUGAACUCCUUUCCUACUGUUCAUCAAGAUUAAUUUGAUUAUG